GCUGCAGGUAAGAGAGACCUGACGACAUUGUAUCAAAUAACCAGGUUGCUAUCAGGGAAGAGACCAACACAGAUGAAACCAAUAAAAGAUGAAGAAGGAAAUUUAAUUACGAAAGAAGAGAAACAGAGGAAACGAUGGGCCGACCACUUCAAGAAGCUCUUGAAUCGACCACCACCUGCACUUCGUCCAGAAAUACCACCUGCAGCCGCUGAACUACAAGUGAACAUUAAUCCCCCAACGAAAAUGGAAGUCCUGAACGCCAUAAAGCUACUGAAAUGCGGGAAAGCAGCAGGACCAGAUGGAAUACCGCCAGAAGCACUGAGAACAGAUGCAGAGACAACAGCGGACAUGCUCACACCACUAUUGCAGAAGGUGUGGAAGGAAGAGAAGGUACCUGACGAUUGGAAGAAGGGUUACCUUGUCAAACUGCCGAAGAAGGGAGACCUCAGUGCUUGCAAGAACUGGCGCGGAAUCACUCUCCUGUCCACCCCAAGUAAAAUAUUAAGCCGCAUCAUCCUAGAGAGGCUUAAAGACGCACUGGAUUCAAAACUGCGACCGGAACAGGCAGGCUUCAGGAAGUACAAAUCAUGUGCAGACCAAAUUGCAACGCUUCACUACGCAUCAUCAUAGAACAGAGCAUAGAAUGGCAAUCAGCUCUCUACCUCAACUUCAUCGACUUUGAGAAGGCCUUUGACAGCGUCGACCGAGAAGUAAUUUGGAAACUGCUUCAAUACUACGGAGUACCGCAAACCUUUAUCCGCCUCAUUCAACAACUAUAUGAAGAUGCCACAUGCCAAGUAAUCCACAAUGGGAAGCUCAGUGAUGCCUUUGAAGUGAAGACAGGAGUGAAACAAGGUUGCCUACUAUCCCCCAUGAUAUUCCUUAUUGUGGUGGACUGGAUCAUGCAGCAAACAGUAGGCAGCGAGAAGAGGGGGAUACACUGGACGACGGAAAAGAACCUAGAAGACUUGGAUUUCGCCGAUGACUUAUGCCUAAUGUCACACAAACUUGAAGAUCUGCAGGCAAAAACUAACAAGUUGAUAGAAGAGGCAGCUAAGACGGGACUUCAGGUGAAUAUAGAGAAGACAGAAGUGAUGAAGA